CAAACUGUGCUGGCUUUCGUAGCAGGAGGUCUGUUCUACGGGCCAGCAUACCUGACCUCUCGCCUCUUGAAAUACGUGAAAAAUGGAACGCGCCCAACAUCUGCAGAACGCCUGUCUCAAGGUCUCGUGUAUUGUCUAGGCCUGUUUGCCUCGAUCAUUGCCCUCUCCUGCGUCCUGGCACAGUGCUGGUGCGUCACACAGGGAAAAUUGGUCGGUCGUUUGAGAGUCCAGAUCACCGCACUUCUGUACGCUACAGCCUUGAAGAGGAGGGAUGUAAGCGCCGCUUCCACUCCAAGCGCUUCCAAGUCUCCCGAGGCCAAGGAAGCUGACAAAUCGGAAGAGUCUACAGCGAAUGCGGCAGCGAGCACAUCGACAGGAGCUUUCUCUUCGAAAGGCCAAGUGCUCACUUUGGCUACCGUCGACUCGGCCAAAGUGGGACAAAUGCCCUUCAACUUCCUCCUGGUCAUCGUAUCGCCCGCCGAACUUCUGGUGGGAGGCUCAUUCGCGAUUCAGCUUCUAGGCUGGGCUGCAGUCGUAGGCUUCGGUGUCUCGUUGGCUGCGCAGCCACUGCUGAUGCUCGUUGGGAAGAUCAUGGUUCGCGCCACUACCGGUCUUCAAGCGGCCAAAGACGAUCGCAACGGACUGGUCAACGAAGCUAUAAAAGCCAUUCGUAUGCUGAAACUCAAUGCGUGGGAAGGCCUGCUGGCUGAGAGGGUCUUGUCCGUGCGACAGAAGGAACUGUUGGAGCAACGAAAGCUUUUUCUGGCUCAGGUCCUCAACUCUUUCAUCUUCAACCUCAUGCCAACGCUGAUUACGGUCGUGGCCUAUGGCUACUAUACGCUGCUUCAGGGCAACGUUCUCACUCCUUCAGUAGGCUUCACCGCUUCUGCAGUACUGGCAGAGCUUCGCUGGAGUUUCGUCAACAUUCCCACCGGAAUCAAUGGCCUGUUCCAGAGUCUCGUGUCGCUCAAGCGGAUCGCGCAGUACCUGCUGAAGGACGAAGACGACUUGGUGCCGCUUCCACCUGGCGAACCAGGUCUCGUAGCUUUCCAAAAUGCUUCGGUAGCUUGGCCUGGCCCGACCACUUCUUCACCUGAGAUUGGCUCGACCGAAGAUCAGGCCGCUGCGAGGGCAGGCUCAAACAUCAGCAAAGCUUUCAAGCUUAGGAACCUUACCGUCGAAUUCCAGCGGAACGGCCUCAAUUUGAUAUGUGGAAGAGUAGGCGCAGGCAAGACGCUGGCGCUACUGAGUUUGCUCGGUGAAUGCGACGUACAGAGUGGAAGAGUGAUUUGUCCUUCCACCAAGAGCGAUGCCAUUCCUAUCGACCACACUAGCGGACCACCAAUUGCCAGCAAAGACUGGCUGUCGCAGGAACAAGCGGCUUACGUCCCCCAAUCAAGCUUCCUGAUCAACGCAACAAUCAAAGACAACAUUCUGUUUGGCUUGCGGUACGUCGAGCAGCGCUACGAGGAUACUAUUCGAGCUUGUGGUCUCCUUCCGGAUCUUAAAGUGCUCCAGGAUGGCGACCAGACCGAAGUCGGUGAGGAGGGAGUAGGGCUUUCGGGAGGCCAGAAGGCUCGAGUCUCUCUUGCUAGAGCAGUGUACUCGAGAGCUCAAGUCCUCUUGCUUGAUGACUGCCUAAGCGCCGUGGAUGCCGAGACUGCCGCGCACGUCUCUCGGGAACUCUUCCUCGCGCGAGGACAAGCGUCUCAAUCGGCCGACGCGCCUCUGCAUCUGAUGGCUGAUCGCACCAUAAUAUUGGUGUCGCACCAGGUCCGGCUUGUUGCUCCGAUGGCGGACCAGGUCAUGGUCCUCGAGCACGGUCGUAUGAAGUUCGGAGGCUCUUCGGAGAAAUUCCUGAGAUCCGACUUGUAUCACGGACUGAUCGAGGAGUCUGAAGCUCAUGAAGAGCGCAAAGAACACACGUCAGAGGAUGGCGCGGACUUUGAUGCCAAGAAGUCAAAAGAACCAGAGCAAGAGGAUGCUCCGGUAAGGAGCCCAGCCGCUGAUGAAUUGCGACGUGAACAACCUGCCAAGUCUGCCGGAGUCAAAGAAGAAGCUAGAGCGGUCGGCGCUGUCAGGUGGUCCAUCUAUCGGCGAUAUCUGGAUGCUGCAGGCGGCAACACCGUGGCCCUUGGCAUUCUGGCCGUGUAUGUCGUUGCGGGCUUCUACACAAUCAUCGUUGGAAAAUGGCUGCAAUUUUGGACGCAAGACUCCAUCCAGCCUAUCCGUGCACAUAGCGACCGCUGGUGGCUCUGGACUUGGACCGUCCUACAUGGAGUUCAAAUGUUCUUGUGGACUCUGCGCGGAGUUCUGUAUCUUGCGUCGCUGCGCGCUUCGAAGGUGCUUUUCCAAGCUUUGUUGACGGCUGUUCUUGGUGCGCCACUGAGGUUCCAUGAGUCCACCCCGAAGGGAAGAAUAUUGAACAGAUUCGGAGAAGAUGUCGCUACGAUGGACAACGACCUUUCCAUGGUCGUGACGCAGUCACUGGAGGCAGGCCUGGCCGUCGUCAUAGCCUUCAUCGGCUCUAUCAUCGGCGGCGGCGCGGCGCCCCUUCUCGUACUGACCCUUAUUUUGUCACCGCUGUUUGUGCUCACUGGAGUCGCCUACUCUACCGCGGCUCGCGACGUACGUCGACUUGCAUCGACCUCUACUUCACCUCUAGUCACGACUUUUGCAGAUCUGAUCUCAGGAGCUGCGGUCAUUCGCUCAUUUGGCGCUUGCGCUAGCGGCUACGCUACGAUGCUCAUGCGCGCAGAGGAGCUGGUGCGCUUCAACGUGUGGGCGCCAGACCUCCAGAGAUGGGUCGGACAGGUCUUCUCCAUCCUCAGUGCUACCCUACUUCUUAUUGGAGCGCUAGCCACGUUGAUCAAUCCUCGAGUCUCGGCAGCCCAAGCAGGGUUCGCAUUUUCUUUCCUCAUCAACGUCCCGGAACGCCUGAUUCAUGUCGUCUUCCUCUACGCGAACCUCGAGCAGCGGUUGGUAGCUGUGGAACGCGUCGUCGAGUGGGCCGACUUGCCGAAAGAAGCCCCUGCCGUCAUCAAAGACUUCCGGCCACCUUCGGACUGGCCCGCUCACGGUAACGUGAGCGUGAGGAACCUCGGAGCACGGUACACAUCGGAUCUCCCAUUCGUCUUGAAAGGCCUGAGCUUCGACAUUCCCGCAGGCACCAAACUCGGGGUCGUUGGCAGCACUGGCUCAGGCAAAUCUACUUUGGCAGCAUGCUUCUUCAGACUCAUCGAGGCGUCCGAGGGAUCGAUCCUGAUCGACGGUCUUGAUAUCGGUCGGAUGGGCCUCAAAGAUCUGCGCAGUAGAUUGCUUAUCGUUCCUCAAGAUCCAGACAUUCUGUCGGGCCCUCUUCGCAAUACCAUCGACCCCAAUGGACAGUACGACGAUGAAGCUUUGCUCGCCGCACUGCGCACUGUCCGCCUUGUUGGAGUUCCUCAAAGGCGCAGCAGGAGCGCAAGUGUGGCCGGUGACAGCUCCGCAUUCGCGCUGGGCGAUCAGAUCGGCCACGACUUCAGCAAUCUGGAUAGCCCAAUCAGCGAGAACGGUUCGAACUUGUCGUCAGGCCAGAGACAGCUGCUUUGCCUGGCUCGUGCAGUGCUCUGGAGAUCAAAAUUGAUACUGUUCGAUGAAGCUACAUCAUCGAUAGAUGAGGAGACCGACACUGCCCUGCAAGAUAGCAUCCGGACUGCCUUCAAGGACUCCACGACUAUCACCAUUGCGCAUCGUCUGCGCACCGUGAUCCGCCAAGAUCUCUUGCUUGUACUGGACAAAGGCAAAGUCGACGAGCUCGACACACCUUAUGCUUUGCUCCAGAAUCGCGACAGCCGCUUUUACCGCCUUUGUCGUGCCGCUGGCCGCGCAGAGUUCAAUUUGCUUCUACAAAUGGCCGAGGAGGCGCAUCUGGCACGAGAGGAGAACGCGGCAACGUGAAGAGCAUUCAUCGAAAUUCAGGAAAAUCAUUCUUGGUGUGCACAAUCGAGGGCAAGACCCUCAGCAUCGCAUUUGAAAGCUUGAUCAAUGGCAAGACAGCGCUAGA